UGCCCAUCAACGAAACCCAAACGUCACUGUUCCCAUAGAAACUGCAGCAGGGAUACAGUUUCAAGAGGCAAGGACUGCCCGGAUCUGAGAGACAGAGGUAGCCAUACUGUGCUUAAAUCUGUCUAUGCAAGGGAAAGGAGUGGAGGACAUGGACAGAGAGAAGUUCCAGCAGAAGGCUCUGAAGCAAACUGAGCAGAAGAAAUCCAAGUCGGCUGAAUUUCUGAUGGUAAAAGAAGAUGAAGCGGCUUCAGAAGGCAUUGAAAAUCCAGCUUUUAACAGCAGCAGCAUGGAUCUUUCAGCGUAUCAGACUUCAGAAGGGCAAGUUAUUGGACGUGACAGGCUCUCUGGCACCCUUGAAGCUCACCAACAAAACCUCAGCCUGCCAGCCCCUACUGAAUCCAGAGGAAAUGAAUACAGCAGAAAUUACUUUGACCCACUGAUGGAUGAGGAAAUAAACCCAAGGCAGAGUGGGAUGGAGGUCAGCGGAGAAGUGCUUAUGGAAGUAAACGAAAGAAUCCUGUAUGAUGAAUUAAUAAAGCUCUUAGCUGAAGAGACUAAAAGAGAAGAUGCACAAGCAAAAGACAAGGAAGACAAGGUAUUGGAUUCUGAAUGGCCAGUGAACCCUAGUAAGAGUGAUGACCUCAAUAUGGAGGAUGAAGAUGAAACAAUACCUUCUUACGUUGAGCAGUUUGAGAAAAGUGUUCGUGAAGCUAUAGUUCUACUUGGCAGCUCUUCACUGGAACAGAUACCUGACCCAACCAGUCAAGUUCAGUCUUCCAUAGCUCAGAACAUCAUAGAGGAAGAUGGGUAA